UAAUUUGUAACACAAUCCUACCUAGGUAUUAUUAUCCAUCUCAAUGCACCAUUAAAAUCAGCAUUCGAGUAAUUUGUUUUUGGUCCGUUGAAUAGAUACAGAGACAAAAAAGACUAACCAAUAUAAUAUUUUAUCAACAAUUGAAAAACUCAGAACGGCAGAUUCUAAUGGAUGAAUGCUGAAUCAAGUAAUCUGGUUUAGAAAUAUAGGGACCUUGUAGAAAUUGAUCAAUCUUUUUGGUCAACGAUGUUCGCUAGAACAAAUUCGUCGUAUUCAAAGUCUAACAUUGCCAUGUUUCCAUAUAUCUGAUUACUGUUUUGUUUAUGUACCAUAUAAUUUGAGGCAGCCUAUAGAAGGUGGUCGAAGUACGCGUGAAGGCAAUGGCCAGGAGAAUGGGAGAGUGGGCGAACACAUAUGCUGACGAAAUCGCGCGAGGGUCAGAUGGACGAAUGGACAGACUGGCGGGCGGACAGACGGAGAGUGGCUAGACGAGAUGGCUCAAAGACGAUAUUGUCUCUCAGUGACCCGUAUGGUACUACGACGACUAGGCGCGAACAGCGAGCAGAUAGAAGAAGGCUGGAUCUACCAGACGUGCCGAGUUACAAUCAGCUACCGAAUCAAAAGUCGUCUUUCUAGCUCCGAUUCUAGUAGAAACGGAGGAGAUGGUGAUACAUGUGGUGGGUGAGAAGAUUCUUGAGAGAGAGCUUAGGUUUCCAGUAAGCCAAUCCAAUGUACUGAAUCAUGUAUUGCACAAAGCUGUUAGACAUCGUAGAUCUGUAACAGCUAAUGCAACUGAACUCGAUCAAGAACUGUUGCACCAUCUUCAUUCAGUUGUGAAUCCUGUACCAGAUUUGUUUCUGUGCAUUCCGGUACAGCAUCCGGUUCAGCCUCAUAUUGCCCUUGUCGUGUGCCUUGUGAAUUGUGCAGACAGGGAUAAUGCUGAAUACAUGUGUACCAAGAUGGUCCAGGAGUGUUUCAAGUACUGCUUGGGUCUAUUGUUGAGCACUUUGAAAUGUCAAGAAGAAACACGACUUAAAUUACAGUGCCAAGAUCUCCUCGCGGUAUCCAGAAAGUUAUUCACACAUUUAGGAGAUUUGUCUGACCUCUUACGCGAGAUCAUGGCAGAAGCAAGAAAGUUAACUAAUGCAGAGAGAUGCUCGUUAUUUUUACUUGACCCCGAACAGCAAGACCUAGUCGCUAAAGUGUUUGAUGGCGUGUCUACAAGAGACGUAAGCAACAAUUCCAAACAUCAUACCGGCCAACAAUCGGUUAAGGAAAUGAGAAUAGCUCGUGGUCAAGGGAUAGCAGGUCAUGUUGCAUCAUCAGGGAAACUACUCAAUAUCAGGAAUGCCUACGACCAUCCACUAUUUUACAGAGGCAUAGAUGAAGUCACAGGAUUCAAAACAAGGAAUAUUCUUUGUUUUCCUAUUCGAGAUGAAAAUGGAAUUAUUGGAGUUGCCCAGUUGUGCAAUAAGAUGAAUGGAUUAUAUUUCGAUGUAUGUGACGAAGAAGUUGCAACGGCUUUCAGUAUUUAUUGCGGUAUAUCCAUAAUGCAUAGCAUCGUUUAUAAAAAAAUUCAAGAUGCACAGGCAAGAAAUAAGCUCAGCAAUGAACUUAUGAUGUACCAUAUGAAGCAGGUGGAGGCAGAGUCGGUUCAGUCCCUAUUAAAUUGUCGCGAUGAUCACAGUAUUAAAGACUUUGACAAAUUUCAUUUCAGUCCACGGAGUGUACCUUAUAAACACAUGCCAUGCUAUGUAUUCAAAAUGUUUAAGGAAUUAGGAUUCAUCAAGCAUUGGAGAAUUAAGAAAACUACGCUGGCCAGAUUUAUACUAUUUGUAAAAAAAGGAUACAGAGAUGCCCCCUACCAUAAUUGGGUUCAUGCAUUUUCUGUAGCUCAUUUUGCAUACUUAUUGAUAGUAAAUCUAAAACUUAUUGAAGAUGGCUAUAUAACACCUUUGCAAGGGUUAGCAUUCCUGGUAUCUUGUCUCUGCCAUGACAUCGACCACAGAGGAACUAACAAUUCUUUUCAAACUAAAUGCGGUACAGUUCUCGCGAGCCUGUAUAGUUCUGAAGGAUCUGUUAUGGAAAGGCAUCACUUGGCACAGUCCAUGUGCAUUUUGAAUACAGAUGGUUGCAAUAUUUUUGAGAGUUUAUCGAGUGAAGAAUAUAGCGAAGUAUUAGACUUAUUGCGGAAUAAUAUCUUGUCUACUGAUUUAGCAUCUCACUUCCGUACAGCUGAACAACAACGUGAGAUGAUUUUAGCUGGAUACAAUAAAGAUGACCCAACACAAAGGAAGCUUCUCUUAGCCAUGUUUAUGACAUGCUGUGAUCUUAGCGAUCAGACUAAAACUUGGAGAGUGACAAAGAAAACUGCAGAACAAAUUUAUGACGAAUUCUUCUCACAAGGCGAUUUAGAGAAGAGUAUGGGCACCGCUCCAAUCGAGAUGAUGGAUCGAGAGCGCGCCUCCAUCCCAGAUCUUCAAGUACAGUUCAUCACAAAUUUAGCACUACCACUUUUUAGAAAUUUGGCUGAUUUAUUUCCGGCUGCGGAGCCUCUUGUGGAAGUAAUCAAUAAUAAUAGGGAAGUAUGGAAAUUAGCUCGAAAUCUUUUCCAAGAGUAUAGUCAAAAUGGUACAAAAUCCAUGGAUAUUCUUCUGGAUCCCACCUUGGAAGACGAAGUCCUGAAGGCAUUCAAACAGUGUGCCGGGAUUGAAGAUGAGCAGAGCUCGGAAAUUGGGGUAAAUAUAGAAAAAGACAUUGCGGGACAAAGUCAUGAAAUCAUAAGCAAAAGUUUUGAAACUACAUAAAUAUACUUGAGAAGUCUAUCACAAAAUUCAUCUACAACUUUGUUGAAUUUUGAAUAUUUAAAAUCUAAAUGAUUCCCAUUCGCAAAUGGUACGAAUUCACUAUUACUUUUCAAUGCAAAUUAAUAUCAUAGUAGCACGCCUCUGAGUCUCAAAUUUUUUGAUAAAAGAAGAAUUCAUCAAAAUAUAAGCUGUGAGGUAUCUUGAAAGUUACCAAAACCAUUUAAAAAAAUUUUAUCUAGCCAGACAUUGUGAAUUUUGAAUUCCAAUAUUAAGCAAAAGAGAAAAAGAAAAAAAUCAGCUUCGAGCUAUCAUAUGAAUCUAAUAAAAAGAGGAGGAGAAAAACAAAAGAGAAACCAUCCUGUUAUAGGUAUAUAUUUUUUGAUGGUAAAAAUUUAAGAUCAGUGUCAAAUAAUAUGAGUAUUACUUGAAAUUAGACUUAUAGUUAUUAACAAAUAAUACUGAAAAAAUUAUUGUCAAAGCCUGAGUAAAAAUAGGCGUUUAAUGUCAGUAUUCCAUAGCCAAAUUAGAUGCGUUGGAAUAUUCCGUACUAAACGUGUAGUUCUAACUAAUAAUAGAUGUACGAAGUACGUAAAUUAUAGUUAUGAUAAAUUAUUUGAAGAGUUAGUAACAGUACGUUGUUACAUGUGAAUGUUAUUCGGAAAUGGAAUAUCCCCAUUUACUGACCAAAUAUUUCAUGAUCACGUUAUGGUUGACUAACGUAUACUUCUAACUCCAAUAUUAUAAAAGCUCAAAUAUGUCACAGUUCUAAACUAUUGAUUGGAUUAAAACUGUUGUAGGUUGUUAUGAUUGUAUUAUACUGUAGUUCGAAAGGAAAACUAACUAAAAUAGCCUAGGUCUAUAGAUUUAAUAAUAUAAAAUGUAGUAAAACAAUAAUGGCCCUAACUUUUGCUAAAGUUCAGAUAUCAAAAUGUUUAGAAAAAAUGAUCCAAUACGAAUUUGCAACUAGAUAACAAAUAACCAUAUUUAUAUAAUUUUGGACCAAAAAAAAGUGAAACAAAAAUAGUUCUUGAGGGAGAGGAAUUUCUGUGAGUAAAUUGAAAAAUAAUCAUUAUUCCUUCAUGUCUUUAGAAGAAAAAAAAAUACCAUUAUCAAGCUCACUUUGAAUAGCUGUUAUUGUUGAUCUUUUCUUGUUCUACUAUCUCCAACAUUAUUGCUCAAUGGAAGUAUAAAGGUUGGUGUUGAAAUUUGCUGAAACCUCCUUUACGCAGCAAUGGUCAUUAGGGUACACUUCAUCGUUCUGAGGAUAGAUAUUGUUACAUUAGUGUUUGUAGACAUUGUGACCCACCUUUUUCAUAACUUGAGUUGAAGGGUUAUGGCGAAGUGAGAGGAGUAUGUGAUAUCAUAUGAUAUAGAGUAUGUGAUCAAUGAACAAAGUGACAUGUAACUACACAUAUAUAUUCGGUGUAGUUUCCAAUUCCUAUUUCAAGAAUUUCAAUACAUUAGAACGUUAUGACGUGAAACUCUCAAUUUGAAAGUAUCAUUUGUUCGUUAGACUACUUUUGUAGCCAUAUACAAACAUUAUCACAAUAAUUGUAAAUAACCCAAUAUACUGUAAUACUAAGGAACAUUCAGACAUGUAAUCCGACAUUUUGUACAAUAUAAAUUAGCUUAUUUAUUAUUGCAUCAAUAGAGGUGUAUUAUGAGAAGUUAUAGGCUCUGAAACUUCAUAUCAAUGCCACUACAAACUGUAAUCGUAGUUUAAUGUUAAGCAAAAUAAUGUGUGAUCAAUGUAAAAUUUGACGCAUGUGCUAGAAUACUAUUGUACUAUCAUUUACAGGUUUGUACCAGGUAUCAACAAAAUGAUAUUCGCAUGACAAAAAUAUCGUGAUCUAUAAUAUCAAUUCAUAAUCUGCAAUUAGUAAAACUCGAUUUUCUCUGUGUUAAGAAUUCAUAUUUUCGUCAAAUUUAUCAUUGUCUCUCUGUAAAUGAAAUUUCAGAUCAAUACUUUGUCAUGUAUACAAGACAAAUUUUAUUCUAAUCAUAUCACUAUUCCGCACGCGCAAUAAGGAAGGAUUAUGCUUUGUAGAUUUAUAUUUUAGAUGCAUAUACGGCUAUUUGCAUAGUUAUAUUAGCAAUAAUUAUUAUAUUAUUGCUAAUAUUUGUAUUUUUGUUAAACUUCAUGCUGUUGUUUUAAAUUGUAGGAGUUGUUCGUGUAAAAUGGCUCAAUCUUUGCCUAUAGAAAUUUGCCUUAAUAGAUAUUUAACGAAUGCAACAAUAUUCUUUUUUCAAAAUGCUAGACACAACGGGGAAAAAUAUUAAUGAGACAAAAAAGAGAGAUCACUUCAGUUGAUCAACGAUUUCAUUAAUUCUUUAUGUAAUUGUUGUAAAUGUAGCGUUUUGUCUCACUGUAAGUUGAUGUUUAGCAUCACGUACUAUGUUAUAACAGUAAGAACACAGUCUUAAAAACCAUUCUAGUCAUUUAUAUGAUUUGUAUGAAAUGUGUAAUUUUACACAAUGUGUAUACAUCCAAGUAAUUGAGGUAUUAAAUAUUUUUCUUUCUAAGAAA